AUGUCGGAAUCGUGUCAAGACGGUAAUUGUCAUGGAAAUAAUGAAUUUGGGCCUGAUGAAUCACCGACGAAGCUUAUUGUUAAUUAUAUUCCUGAAGUUAUGACGCAGGAUAUGAUGUUCUCACUAUUUUCGACAAUGGGUAAAUUAGAAAGUUGCAAAUUGAUAGCGAACAGAGGGUACGGUUUCGUCGAGUACUCUCGCCCAGAGGAUGCCGUCAAAGCACGCAAGGCCUUCAAUGGGUUGCUUAUGCAGAAUAAAACUUUAAAAGUUUCACAUGCCUUACUCAAUCCGGAAUUGAAGCCACCCUCAAAACCGGAAGCAGACUGGAACCUCUACGUAUGUAACCUGCCUAAUGAACUGACCUUGCAAGAUUUGCAUGGACUAUUCGCACAAUUUGGUAAAAUAGUUAAUUCUCGUAUCGCUUCAGGCAUAGCCUUCGUUUUAUACGAACACCAAUAUGAGGCGGAGAGAGCCAUUCAUAAUAUUAAUGGCACUACUCCUCCAGGUUUUCUACAUCCAUUAACUGUUAAGUAUGCUAAUAAGAGUAAUCCUAAUAAACAUAAAAACAAUAAUAAUAACUUUUCGAAGAAUUCUCUUGUGAAGCCUUAUCAUUGGAUUAAUCAUGUGGGUGCUAUAGGAGACCAUAAUUCCCCUAGUACAUGGUCUAUAUACAUUUAUAAUAUUGCUCCUGAAGUAGAAGAAUUGACUCUAUGGCAAUUGUUCGGUCCAUAUGGUGCUAUUGUAUCUGUUAAGAUAAUAAAAGAUCAUCAAACUAAUAAAAGUAAAGGUUUUGGAUUUGUGACUAUGAGAAAUUACGACCAGGCUGCUAUGGCAAUACAAGCAUUAAAUGGAUAUGUGCUUCAUGGCCAGCCUCUAUCUUGGGUGCUUGUAUCUGAGGAUAUUCGUGUGUGUGAAGUGGCGGUGGCGGAGAGUGAAGUUUCAGCAGUGGCGGGAGGCGUCGGCCUCACCGUGAGUAGCAAGGUAUAUCCAAGUCCGGGGGCGGCGCGCGGCGUGUGGGCGCUGCCGCAGCCGCCCCCAUGCACCAUGGCGGCGGAGGAAUCCCUGCCUCCCUGCUCGCCCAUGUCGCCCGACGCGCCGGCCGCACAACCCCGCAUUACUACCAACCUGAGCCACACCUCUGACUUCCACCAGCUUAUCUUCGAAGCUGUUAGAUCUGGAGAGGUAUCAGAGAUUGAAAGGUUAGUAGAAAAGCUUGGAGUAGAAGUGUUAAGUGCACGAGACCAGCACGGCUACACUCCUGCGCACUGGGCCGCGCUGGAUGGAAGCGUGGCUGUGAUGCGGUAUUUGGUAGAACGCGGCGCGCCGGUCGAUCUCUCCUGCUUAGGCACUCAGGGACCUCGUCCCAUUCACUGGGCUUGCCGAAAAGGACACGCGUCUGUGGUACAAGUGCUUCUACAAUCAGGCGUAGCUGUCAACGCUGCGGACUUUAAAGGAUUAACUCCAUUAAUGACGGCGUGCAUGUACGGAAAGACUGCAACGGCUACCUACCUCCUAGGCAUGGGUGCAGCCACUCGUCUGUCAGACAUCAAUGGCGACACCGCUCUACAUUGGGCGGCCUACAAGGGGCACGCGGACUUAGUUCGCCUACUCAUUUAUUCUGGCGUGCCUUUACAUUGCACGGACAACUUCGGUUCCACUCCUCUGCACCUGGCUUGUUUAUCUGGCAACCUCACCUGUGUAAGACUGCUUUGUGAAAAGGUUAAGGCAGAACUCGAGCCCCGAGAUAAAAACGGAAAGACUCCACUAAUGCUAGCUCAAAGUCACCGCCACGUAGAAGUAGUAAAACUACUGCAGAAAGAAAUGAAACGUAAAUCCCAUUGGAUGCCUCCUUUGUCUGAACUUUGGGCAUUGCUUUUCGGUGGAGCCGGAGACUCUAAGGGACCGCUACUAUUUUUCCUACUUUCGGUUCUCUUGUGGGGUUAUCCUAUGUACAUUAUAAGGUGCGUUUCACUCACUUGGAAUACAUUACGCCUAUCGCAUUACUGCUUUCUUUACUGGAAUGCUAUAAUGUGGUUGAGUUGGAUAAUCGCUAACCGACGAGAUCCUGGCUAUAUUCCUCAAAACUCCGAAACUUAUUACAGAGCUAUAAGGCAAAUCCCCUAUUAUGAUAAAUGGAAGAAAAGGAAUAUUAUACUAUCUCGCCUCUGCCACACUUGCAGAUGUUUGCGUCCAUUGAGAGCGAAGCAUUGUCGCAUCUGUAAGCGGUGUGUGGCGUACUUUGACCACCACUGCCCAUUCAUCUACAACUGCAUCGGUGUACGGAAUCGAAUGUGGUUCUUUUUAUUCGUAAUGAGUGUUGCGAUAAACUGCACUCUAUCCAUAUAUUUUGCGUGCUAUUGCCUGCUUUUGGAAGGCUUUGGAAUCCUCUACUUGCUAGGGCUAUUGGAAGCAAUCACAUUCUGCGCCCUCGGUUGGAUAUUGACAUGCACCUCUAUCUUGCACGCGUGUAUGAAUUUGACUACAAACGAGAUGUUCAAUUACAAACGGUACCCAUAUUUGCGAGACAAAAGAGGACGAUACCAGAACCCUUUCUCUAGGGGUCCUAUUAUGAAUCUAAUAGAAUUUUUCGUGUGCCUUCCCGACAAGUGCGAUGAUCAGGACCUAUUCUAUGAAGAGAACAUU